UCUAGCGAUGGGGAUGCAACGCCUGUUACGGUUCUCGACGACCGCGGUGGCGCCGACAAAGCGCGUGCGGCACAUUCCUGCGCAGAGUCAGUUCACAUGCGAGGGAGAGACUUCUCAAGGAACACCAACGGCGCUUCUUGGGUUUCUGGAGUACAAGAUUGAGGGCUCCCAGAUUGACAUGAGGCGAACAUUUGUGGAUCCUGCAGGGCGUGGUCAAGGCAUUGCAAAGCUACUGUGCGACGAAGCGUUUAACUUUGCCAAAGCAAACUCUUUGCAAGUAGUGCCCACUUGCUCGUAUAUUCGAGACAACUACUUGAAGUCAGAGCGGAAAUCAACGUAACUGCAUCAAAACUUCUUGCUCUCAA